UAAAUAAGUAAAAUCGAGAAUUUUUUAAAAAUAGUCAAACACCCGCUUCCUUCACCGGAAUUCCUAAACCCUACCACCACCUUCAACCUCCAUCACUCUUCGCCGGCGUUAGCGAACUCAAUCUAUUGAAUCACACACUCGGAUGCCCUAUCAUGUGCUCGUGUAGUAUCUUCUGUUGAUUCAUUUCUACUAGUGAAGCCGUAAAUCAACCAGAAAGAGGGAAAACGAAAGGAAGGGUUUCAAAAUGAGUACGGUAGACAAGAUGUUGAUAAAAGGUAUCCGAAGUUUCGACCCGGAGAACCGAAACGUCAUCACCUUCUACAAGCCGUUAACGCUCAUCGUCGGUGCUAACGGUGCCGGAAAAACUACUAUUAUUGAGUGCUUAAAGCUAUCCUGUACGGGUGAGUUGCCACCAAAUGCUAGGUCUGGUCAGAGUUUCAUCCAUGAUCCCAAGGUUGCAGGGGAAACAGAAACGAAGGCCCAAAUAAAGCUGCGUUUCAAGACAGCAGCAGGUAAAGACGUGGUGUGUAUAAGAUCGUUCCAGUUGACUCAGAAGGCUUCAAAGAUGGAGUACAAGGCAAUUGAGAGUGUUUUGCAGACAAUAAACCCUAACACUGGAGAGAAAGUUUGCCUUAGCUAUCGUUGUGCAGACAUGGAUCGUGAAAUUCCUGCUCUUAUGGGUGUCUCUAAAGCCAUUCUUGAAAAUGUCAUAUUUGUACACCAAGAUGAGGCCAAUUGGCCACUACAAGAUUCUUCGACUUUGAAAAAGAAGUUUGAUGACAUCUUCUCAGCUACAAGAUAUACAAAGGCAUUGGAGAUUAUUAAAAAGCUUCACAAGGAUCAGGCUCAAGAGAUUAAGCUUUCUCAGAAGGAUUUAGAGAAGCUUCAAAUUUUGAAAGAUGCUGCACUCAAGCUUCGACAAAGCAUCACUCAAGAUCAUGAAGAAUCAGAAAGACUGGGGAGUAAAAUGCAGGACUUGGAUAGACAUAUUCAAGAUGUGGAUGCGAAAAUUCGUCAAACUGAAGCUAUACUGAAGGAAAAACGUAAGCUUGAAGACCAGGUUGCCACCAAGACUGCUGAAAGAAGCGCUUUGUUUAAGGAGCAACAGCAGCGUUUUAAAGAUUUAGGAGAAGAGAAUGAUGAUACUGACAAAGAUUUAAAGGAAUGGAAUGACAAGUUUAAUGAAAGGAUAGCAGUUCUUCAAGAUAAAAUUAACAAGUCAAAUAGGGACAUUGAGGACUUAGAGAUAAAAAGAAAUAUAUCUCAGCAACAAAUCAAUAAGUACAAUGGGGAAGUCGGCAAGCUUAAGAAGGAAGCUGAAAUUUAUGAGUCCUUGAAGAAGGAGAGAGACUCGACAAUCCAAGAGCUUUACAGACAACACAAUCUGGGUUCUCUUCCAAAAACUCCUUUCAGCAAUGAUGUUGUUUCAAAUCAUAUAAGUCGCCUAAAGUCAAGAUUGAAAGAUCUUGAGCGUAACUUAGAUGAGAAGAAGAAAUCUAUGGAUGAAGAGCUUAGGGUAGCAUGGGAUCUUUACAGUGAUUCAAGUGACCGAUGUAAAAAUGUUGAGGCUGAAAAGCGUGCUAAGUCAGAGAUACAGCGUGGCACAAUGGCCCGAAAAAAAGAAAAAGAAAACGAGCGUGAUAAAUUGGAGCGUGAUAUUUCUGAUGACAAAUUGCGUCUGAUUGAUCAGAAAGAAAAGAGCCUUAGUAUUGAGGUUGAAAGAUUGAGUAAGCAGCUUACCGAAGGAGAUUUUGAGACUAAAAUACAGAGAAAGGCAGCAGAGGUACAAUCUCUUGCAAUUGCAGUUAAAAAACUUGUUGAUGAGAAAGACGAAAUGGCUGCGGAUGCGGAAGAGAGAUUUUCACUAUCUAUAAAGAAAAGGGAGUUGGAAAGUCACAAGAAAAAACACAAAAAAAUUCUAGACGAACACAAGAAUAAAAUCAAAGGAGUCUUGAAAGGGAGGCUACCUCUGGACAAAGAUUUGAAGAAAGAAGUCUCUCAAGCUCUAAGGGCGCUUACAACUGAGUAUGAUGAUUUGAACUCAAAGUCGCGUGAAGCUGACAAAGAUGUUAGUGCAAUGCAACUAAAAAUACAAGAUGUCAGCAAUAACCUGGCCAAGCUUAACAAAGAUAAAGACUCUAGAAGGAGAGUUAUUGAGUCAAAGCUUCAAACUCUGGGUCAGAAUUCUGCCAACAUUGAAUCAUAUGUCAAAGUCUUGGAUGUAGCUAAAGAAAAAAGGGAUGUCCACAAAAGCAAGUACAACAUUGCUGAUGGUAUGCGACAAAUGUUUGAUCCUUUUGAACGAGUUGCUCGUGCACAUCAUAUUUGCCCUUGCUGUGAGCGUCCUUUCUCAGCUCAAGAAGAAGACGACUUUGUUAAAAAGCAAAGAGUCAAAGCUGCAAGCUCUGCAGAUCGUAUGAGAUCGUUAGCUGUGGAAUCUUCAGAAGCAGAAUCAAACUUCCAACAAUUGGAAAAACUUCGAUUAAUGUAUGAAGAAUACAACAAAAUUUGCAAAGAAUCAAUUCCCCUUGCAGAGAGGAGUUUAGUCGAGCUGAAAGAGGAGUUGGACCAAAAAACUCAAGCUCUUGAUGAUGUCUUGGGUGUUUUAGCUCAAAUAAGUUCUGAUAAGGAGUUAGUUGAAUCUUUGAUGCAACCCGUAGACACGUGUGACAGAAUUCUUAGUGAAAUACAACAGCUGCAGCAGGAAGUUAAUGACUUGGAGGAGAGACUUGAUUUGUGUGGGGUAGGUGUCAAAUCCAAGGAAGAAAUGCAACGUGAGAUUCGUACUGCUGAAUUUACAAAGGAAAACUCAGAAAGAGAGUUGGAAAAGUUACGAGAGGAAAGAAGGGAUCUGGAGCUUAAUUUUCAAAGGGUUUCUUCCAGAUGGCAUCUUGAGCGAGAACAAAAAACCAAAUCGGAGAUGGGCUUAAAGAAUCUAGUGAAGUUGGAAGAGGAGCUUGAGCAAAUAGCUGAAGAGUCAAAUCAACUUGACAUUGAGAUGAAGCAUUUACAAGAGUCUGUUGGCCCUUUAUCCAAGGAGAUGGAAAAAUAUAGAAGUGCUCAUGACAAUAAGAAAAAAAAACUCAGCCAAGAAUACGAAGAAGAAGCUGAACUGAAAAGAAAGUUUCAUCAGGGUGUUGACAUGCUUGAUAAACUGAUCUCCAAGAUUGAAUGGUAUGAAAAAGAAAAUAUCCUGGACAAACUGAAAGAUGUGGAAGAAAAACUGCAUGUAGAAAAUUCCAAGCUUCAAAACUACAAAAUGAGAAAUCAGGAAAUCUCAGCUGAAGUGAGCAAAACUGAAAAGCUGGUGCUAAAUCAAGAUAAUUUAAAACGUAAUAUUGAGGACCAUCUGAGGUAUAGAGAGGUAAAGGCGAAAGUAGAGGCGUGUACUCUUGAGAUUGAAUCCCUGGAGGAAAGAAUACUAGCCAUGGGUGGCAUUUCUGCCUCCGAAGCUCAUCUUGGAAAGCUUACUAAAGAAAGAGAGAGGCUUCUUUCUGAGCUGAACAAGUGCCAUGGUACAUUGGCUGUAUAUCAGAAGGCUAUCUCAAAGAAUAAACUUGAUCUUAAAAAUCCUGAAUAUAAAGAAAUCGACAAACGGCAUUUUGAUCAGCUACUCAAGCUCAAGACUACUGAGAUGGCGAACAAGGAUCUGAAUAAAUAUUACAAUGCACUUGACAAGGCACUCAUGCGGUUCCACGCGAUGAAAAUGGAAGAAAUAAAUAAAAUUAUAAGAGAAUUAUGGCAGCAAACGUACAGAGGGCAGGAUAUUGAUUACAUUAGUAUCCAUUCAGAUGCUGAAGGUGGUGCUACAAGGUCUUAUAGCUACAAGGUUGUUAUGCAAACUGGUGACGCUGAGCUUGAAAUGCGAGGAAGGUGCAGUGCAGGUCAAAAGGUGCUUGCUUCACUUAUCAUUAGAUUGGCAUUAGCAGAAACCUUUUGCCUUAACUGUGGAAUACUUGCACUUGAUGAACCAACCACCAAUUUAGAUGUUCCAAAUGCCGAAAGUCUUGCUGCUGCUCUCGUAAGAAUUAUGGAAGAUAGGAAAGGGCAGGAGAAUUUUCAGCUGAUAGUAAUUACUCACGAUGAGCGAUUCGCUCAACUUAUUGGUCAACGCCAGCAUGCAGAAAAAUACUAUCGGGUUGCAAAAGAUGACCACCAGCAUAGCAUCAUUGAGGCCCAAGAGAUCUUUGAUUGAACCACACGAAUGUUUUGGUGGUAAUGGGAAACUGUGAAAAGUGAAAAGCAUCCAACCAUCAUGUACUUAUUACUAUCAUCAUUAGAAAAAAAAACCCAAUGACGUCAGCAUGACUAAUUUAGUAAUGGAGUAGAAAUGGGGUAAAUAUAAAACCCUCCCGACAUAUUUAUCGCAUAUCAAUCAUUUUACGUACGAUUCUUGUUCAAUUCAGAAGGGAGAUUUUGAAAAAAAAAACAUGUGCUUUUCAAUCAACACCCUAUACGCCACCAUGUGCAUAGGCCCACCAUCAACACACACUCUCUUUCUAAUAAUGACAACCAUGUGGUGGUGAUUACUGAUGAUGGCGGUGGUGUAGAGGGUUCUGGUGGUGGGGACCGGUGGUGGUGGUAUAGGAUCCCUAUACGUCCCCCUUUGCAACUUGACAUAAAUCAUUUAGCUCUUAGUCUUUAGAUCUUAUGACUUAUGUCCCUCCAUGUCUUUUGGCUUUAUGCUAUCUUAUCCUUUCACCUACUUAGUAGAU